CCAGCCACAGGGCAGGAGCGCCCUCCCUGGAUUGACCUUCUGGAUGGCGAGGAAGCUGGGGCUUUGGGGGCGGGGAGAGCUAAAAAAGGGGAAAUUUUUUAUUUAACAAAAUAAACACGAGGAAGACACAUUUAUCUGAGCCAGCAACGCCGGCUUUCGGGGAGGCUCUGCGGACCUGGCAUCCACAGGGCCCAGAUCCAGGUGGGGUGUCCCUUUCCCUGAGCCCCGUACCUCCAGAAUAGCCCCAACCAGGACGAGCUCCCGGGAAGCCCACCUCUUCGCUGACUGCAGCCCACGGGCUUCAGCUUCCUCUCACCAGAAGACUGGCUGGCUUGCCUGCCUUUUCUAGUUUUAUACAAAGACAGCCACUUUUAGCUACUGCUCAUGAGACUUGAGUCUAUUUUUGUAUGAAAGAGAAAGCAUCUUUUUUUCUAAACCUGUGCCUCCCCUCCUUGGACGCCCAGAGUCCAGGCGCUGCCUGAGUCCUUUCUGCAGUAUUACAGAUGCCAUGGGGAAGUCGGGCAGGGGGUCGGCCUUGGUCCCCUCUUCCAUGCUGGGCUCUGGCCGAGUGCCUGGCGGGGCCCUCUAGGUCCAAGCAAGGGUGGGCUCUCUCUAAGGGGUGUGCAGGCAGGUCAACCCCAGGCCUGUUUUGAGAACUCCAGCUGGCCCCCAGAGCAUAUGGGGGAGCCCCUGCCCUGCCCCCUAUUUCAGGGCCUCAGCUGUUGGGGCUCUGGGGUUCUCUGUGCUACAAGCUCAUUAUGCAGCUACAGUGCUGGACUUUAUUCCAUGUUCUCAAUUUCCCCUUUGCUGCUGCUUUUUAUGUUGUACUGUUGAGACCCCACUCCAUUCCUCAGUCCCCUUAUGGGUCCUGGGGUCGUCUUAGCAGAGCCAUCACGGGGUAUGCACUCAGGGAGGGGCUGGGGUUGGUGAGGUCAGGGGGCCUCCGAGAGUGAGCACAGGCUGUAUGGAUACCCCAAUUGCUGCUUAGUCACUGUGCCUAGGAUAGUGUCCUCCAGAGCAUCGGGAGCCGUGUGUACGUGGUGCCCCGGGCACCAGGGCGUGGAGGGGUCUGAGGUUUGUACAUAAGACUGAGAGCCACCUUCAGUGGGGUGCCCCCCACCCCCCCAGGUCACUCACAGCUGUGUGUGGGCCGCGGGGUGUCUCCUGAUGGUUCCCAAAGAGCAGGUUCCUGGGAAACCUGCACGCCCAACAGUCUCUUCCACGGCCCUGGGUCAGCACCGAGGAAUCUCAUCCUUCAUGUUUUCCUAGCUGUUACGUCGUUUUUCAUUUGGGACACAGAGGGCGAAGGGCUGAGCAGACCCGGGACCCAAGCUGUGCGGACAGCUGUGUUUGUGGACAGGCGGCCUGGCGACAAGGGAUGUUUGAGGAGGCCCAGCCCUCUGCCCUGGGAACCUGGUCAGCAGACUCUCAAUUGAAUUUUAUUUUCGUUGUUGUUUUUCUUCCUUUUCAGGAAUUAUGAAGCUAAGAAAAGUUUUGUGCUUUGGGGGUUGAUGGACAAAAGUUCUAGCUGAUUAAAUAUGGUCUUAACUUAUUGAUAGUUUUUUUUUUUUUUCUUUUUAAUGUUGUACUGUGGAGGAAAACUAUUUUGAGCCAUGGAGUUGGUGUUUACAAGAACUUUUCACUUUUGCCAAAAUGUUACAAAUGAGAAGCACCCACGUCUUCAGUUUCCUAAUAUUUUCUUAAAGAUCUAGUGUCCUUUUUGUACACUAAACAGGUGAAUGCUGAUUUUUCAACCUACAAUAAAUUUCACUGAACUGAAUCUAGCAGCCCAGGCUGCAUGGGUGUGUUGGUGUGUCUGUCACAGCCAGGUGGCCCUGGGCCUGUGUGGAGCCGGGCUGGGAUCAGACAAUGGUGAGGGGGCAGAGAAGGCAUUCUAGACAGCCUGCCUGAACCGCUGGCAGCGGGUGAGCCUGGUGAAGCCAGCAGGUGGAGCCUGGCCUCUGGGUGCCAGGGCAGGAGGCUAAGACCGCCUGGUCACAGGUAAGAGGAACCAGGGAGGCAGGGCCGUGGCAGCCACAGCAGGUGUGAGUGGGUGGGCUGUGCCAAGCAGGGAGUCCCCCAGGCUCCAGCAGCACCAUGUGGGGUAAGGAGAGCACCCUUAUUUGGGUAAGCAACUUGCAAGUGGUGAAAACAGUGGUGAGUAACUUUAUUGUUAGUUCCUCCUAGGGCUGGCACUCUGGGGUCUCCCUUAUGCCGCCACUGAGCACAGGGAAGCUAAGGUCCAUUGGAGGCCCACAGGCCCAGGACAGCAGUGGGAUUUCGUCCCUGACCCAUGUUCCAGCUCGCUGCGAUGGAGGCUGCAGCGCAGUUUGUGGUCGAGAGCCCCGACGUGGUGUACAGCCCCGAGGCCAUCGAGGCGCAGUACGAGUACCGGACGACCAGCGUCAGCCGCGAGGACGGCGUCCUCAAGGUGCACCCCGCAGCCACGCGCUUCACCUUCCGCACCGCCCGCCAGGUGCCCCGGCUCGGGGUCAUGCUGGUCGGCUGGGGCGGCAACAACGGCUCCACGCUCACCGCCGCCGUGCUGGCCAACCGGCUGCGCCUGUCCUGGCCCACCCGCACGGGCCGCAAGGAGGCCAACUACUACGGCUCGCUGACGCAGGCGGGCACCGUUAACCUGGGCCUGGAUGCCAAAGGCAAAGAGGUGUUCGUGCCCUUCCACGCGCUGCUGCCCAUGGUGUCGCCGGACGACCUGGUGUUCGACGGCUGGGACAUCUCUUCACUGAACCUGGCGGAGGCCAUGCGGCGCGCGCAGGUGCUGGACUGGGGGCUGCAGGAACAGCUGUGGCCGCACAUGGAGACGCUGCGCCCCAGGCCCUCCGUCUACAUCCCAGAGUUCAUCGCCGCCAACCAGAGCGGGCGCGCGGACAACCUCAUCCCCGGCACGCGCGCGCAGCAGUUGGAGCAGAUCCGAAGGGACAUCCGUGACUUCCGGUCCUCCGCGGGGCUGGACAAAGUCAUUGUGCUGUGGACAGCAAACACGGAGCGCUUCUGCGAGCUGGUCCCGGGCCUCAAUGACACCGCGGAAAACCUGCUGCGUACCAUUCAGCUAGGACUGGAGGUGUCGCCCUCCACGCUCUUCGCCGUGGCCAGCAUCCUGGAGGGCUGCGCCUUCCUCAACGGGUCCCCACAGAACACGCUGGUGCCCGGGGCGCUCGAGCUCGCCUCCCAGCGCCGCGUGUUUGUGGGCGGAGACGACUUCAAGUCAGGCCAGACCAAGGUCAAGUCCGUGCUGGUUGACUUCCUCAUCAGCUCUGGCCUCAAGCCCAUGUCCAUCGUGAGCUACAACCACCUGGGCAACAACGACGGGCAGAACCUGUCGGCGCCGUCGCAGUUCCGCUCCAAGGAGGUGUCCAAGAGCAGCGUGGUGGACGACAUGGUGCAGAGCAACCCGGUGCUCUACGCGCCCGGCGAGGAGCCCGACCACUGCGUGGUUAUCAAGUAUGUGCCGUACGUGGGCGACAGCAAACGCGCGAUGGACGAGUACACAUCGGAGCUGAUGCUGGGCGGCACCAACACGCUGGUGCUGCACAACACCUGUGAGGACUCGCUCCUGGCCGCGCCCAUCAUGCUGGACCUGGUGCUGCUGACGGAGCUGUGCCAGCGCGUGAGCUUCUGUACCGACUUGGACCUGGAGCCUCAGGGCUUCCACCCGGUGCUGUCCCUGCUCGGCUUCCUCUUCAAGGCACCGCUGGCUCCUACGGGCAGCCCUGUGGUCAACUCGCUCUUCCGACAGCGCAGCUGCAUCGAGAACAUCUUCAGGGCCUGCGUGGGGCUCCCGCCGCAGAACCACAUGCUUCUGGAGCACAAGAUGGAACGCCCCUGCCUCAAGCGAGUAAGGCCUGGGGCCACCGCCAGCCCCGUGUCUUACAAGAAAGAACUGGCACCACCGGCCCCCGACAGCUGCACUGGUGAUGCCAUCGGGCUCCCGCAGGAUGCCAUCGGGCACCCGCAGGUGCACAGCGCCUGAGGCAGUGGCCGAGCAGCUCCCAGCAGCUCCUCCCCCCUGCCCCUCUGGUCCACCCUCCCAGGCCUCCCAGACAAUAAAGGCAUUGCCACUGUCAGCCACUCCUGUGGGUUUCGGGGGACUGUGACCUAACCCUAACCACCCCCACCUUUUCACCUGGCAAAGACUCACCUACCCUUCAAAACUGUGUCCCAAUCCUCAGGGACCUUCCAGAACCCCCCGAAGGUGGGGCUGAAACCCCAGGGUGAAGGAUGUGGCUACAAGCCAAAAUGAAGGAACCUUGAGGCCAAAUACCAAAAACCAAAACAAGUUACAUUUAUUGGUGGUGCUCACCCUUCCUGUCCGGGGGAAGGGAGGUCCAGAGGAGGCCCCCAGGACAAAGUAGAAACGGGUGGGUGGGUGGGUGGGGGAGUCCAUACAGAAAAGAGCAUCUCUGAGGUCCUUGCGUUUUUGUUUUUAAUAAAAUGAGUCCUUCAUGCGGGGCCUCCAAGCCUUGA